CUUUGUAUUAGUGGUUAAGAACCUUAAAGAUGAUUUUACACUCACCCAUGGAGGCUUGCCGGGCAGUGCGACGUUGGGCGCCGGCGAGAUCCCUCGGCCUCGUCAGACGCCCCGCUGCCACUGGAGGUCCCUACCCUCCCCGACGUCCGACGUCUAUCCCCAUGACGACGGCGUCCGGCGUCUGGACGCGGCGUAGGGCGUACGAGGGGCUGCUGCUCGACGCUGGCGGCACGCUUCUCCAUGUGGCGAGGCCUGUCGAGAAGACCUACGCCUCAAUCGGGAGAAAAUACGGGCUUAAUGCAACAGAAAGCGAGAUUAAGCAAGGGUUCAAGAAGGCUUUUGCUGCCUCAUGGCCUGAUAAACUUCGCUACCAGGGCGAUGGGCGGGCAUUCUGGAGGCUUGUUGUUUCGGAAGCCACAGGUUGUGCUGAUAAUGACUAUUUCGAAGAAGUAUAUGAGCACUAUGCAAAUGGUGAUGCAUGGCGUCUUCCACUUGGGGCCUAUGAAGCAUUAUGUCUAUUGAAGGAUGCCGGAGUAAAGUUAGCUGUUGUUUCUAAUUUUGACACACGUCUGCGCAAGCUACUGAAGGACCUCGAUGUUGCCCACAUGUUUGAUGCCAUAAUCAUAUCUUCUGAGGUUGGGUAUGAAAAGCCAGCUGCAGAGAUUUUCAAAGCUGCUUUAGACCAACUUGGCAUGGAGGCUGGCAAAGUAAUACAUGUAGGAGAUGAUGAAAAGGCAGAUAAGAACGGUGCCAGUGCCAUUGGAAUUGAUUGCUGGCUGUGGGGAUCAGAUGUGAAGACAUUCACUGAUAUAUGUGAUCGAGUUCUGAUAUCAGAUUCACAGUGAGGGAAAUUUUCAGUCUUUCAGACAUAAUUAAGAAUUCAAGAUCGAGCUUUUUCCCCCUUUUUGUUUAAUGAUAAUUUUCAAUUAGUAUCCUAGCUUCGGAUUUUAUGAAAGUCUACCUUCUAUAAACUGACAAACAUAGUUCAGGAUUAUCAGAAGUCUACGACCUCCUCCUGGAAAUGAUGCUCAACAACGAAUGUAGUUUGCCAAAAUAAUAAAUAUUACUAGUAAACCUUGUAUUCGCAUAUGCUCUGGUGAACUGUGUUAAUCUGCUGAAAAAAUGAUAUGAUUGUUUCCUUCAA